AUGAAGAUGAAAGAGCGGCAAAGCGGCGUAAAUAACUGCGUGCGACGCAAGACAGACUGUGUUAGUCAGGAGUUUGCGGAUGAACCGAAUGAGAACAAGAGAGGAGAUGCUGGAUUAGAGACGCGUUUGGGUCGGGUGGAGACGUUGCUUGAGCGACUUAUUGGAUCGUCGACAGACAGGCGCCACGACAUUGCUGACGAGUAUCCGGGAGAUGCAGACCUGGAGAGACCGAGGAGCGUAAUAGAUCACACAAAAAACAUCAAGAUCACAUCAUCCGCCUCCACAGAAACCACAUCAACACUCGCAGAUCUCUCGCAACAACCAGAACCAGUACUUGGCGAUAUAUACACUGGCAUCUCUCGAGACCUCGUCGCAGCAUGGCCCACAACCCAAGAUCUCGACUACAUCUGCAAGCUACCCGUCAGCAUCUCCACGCACAUGCACAUGAAAUUAACGACAUCAUCUGCAAACCUGAUGAACCAGGUUCCAGAUAGCCCACGAAAGAUAUUGCAGCUACCACCACCAGGAUCACAUCCAGUACUGAUAGCGCGGAAACUCCUUCUACUCAGCAAUAUAGUGCAGGGCGCACUAUCCGAUGACUGUAUACCCAGAAGCCAGCGAGAGCAUCUCAGUAAAGUCAUGGCUCAUGCCAUGGAUACAGCAACACGGCUGGUGACCUCAAAUGACGAGCUAACCGCCUCUGUUGAAGGCGUCGAAUGCAUCAUGAUCGAAGCCAUUACCCAGAACUACGCUGGGAACCUACACCGCGCGUGGCUGACUGUGCGCCGCGCCGUUGCCGUAGCUCAGAUGUUGGGUCUGCAUCGUGGUAACGCUAAGCGAGCUUCUAUCAAGGUGGUGGAUCCCAAGACGCGCGAGAGCCUCGAUCCAGACCAGCUGUGCUGUCGUAUUGUGGAGAUGGAUCGCUACCUCUCGUUGACACUGGGGCUGCCGCAGUCUUCGCUGCAGACAGUCGGGCUGAGCGCUGAAGUUAUAGCAAAGUGCCAUCCGCUGGACCGCAUCGCGAGGCUGCAAUGCGUCAUUGGAGAUCGUAUCUUGGCGCGUAAAGUAGGAGAUCCGCGCGAUGUUACGGAGAAAAGGGUCCGGGAAAUUGACGACAUGUUCAGGGAGGUGACGGAGCUGAUGCCGUCGGACUGGUGGCUUAUUCGAGACUUUGGCAACAAGGACGGGGGCGAUUCGGAUCCGAUGCAUGAGGUUGUAAGGAAUAUGUAUCAGCUGUCGCACUUCUAUCUCGUUAUACGCCUGCAUCUACCCCGUCCGAGCGAUCGCGCUUUGAUGGAGCUAACAGUCAAGGUAUUGGGGGAGAUGAGCGACGAUGCUCUCGCCAUGAAGCUAUCGAGUAUCAUACAGUAUCUUCUCGACGCCGAAGCGGCAUCGGCAAAUGGGACUGGCUACAACACUUCGGCUAGUGAGACAGACGAUGGGCUGGCGACGGAAUUUGAUGGCCAGUUCAUGGACGCUGAGAAGGCGGUCUUGCAGCUUCACUUGCCGUAUUUUGGUACCAUCAGCCUACAGCGCAGGCUAGCCUCCGAUAUCCCGUUGGCUGAGGAGAUGCUGUCUACUCAGGUACCUGACCAGACACAGUCAUCACUCACGGAGUGGGACAAUCGGUGGUCGUUCCUUGAUUCGUCGAACGAUGCGGGGGCGCUUGAUGAUUGGACACUGCAGAGCAUCAAUGAAGGUCUUUUCGGGGGACUGCUUGGCGGGCUGGGAGACGUGGAUUUCGACCCUGAGCUGUCUGUAGAUAUAUAA